AUGCGCUGUGAAAAACUUACGGAGCGCGCGGUCGCGUUCUGUGCUAACAUUUUCACUUCCACUUAUGAGCAGUGCAUAGACGAGAUAAGUCCUGUGUCAUCCUGGGUUCUGUGUCGACCGAUGAAGCUGACACAUAUAUGUAACUUGGCGGAAUUCAUGGGGGGUUUCAAUAUUUGUGACAGUACAAACCAGAGUAAUCCAGGUCUUGGAGAAGGGUACAUUGCUUUGAAAAAUUCAAUGCAGAUUCUAACCAGGAACAGAGAUGUUUUCAUUCAACAUAGAAUCAAAUGUCUACAUCAGCUUUUUAAUGUUCAGGAUGCAAAGGAAACUGGGGACAGAGUGAUGCACGCUUUCGAUGAGAAAUUUAUAAUUAUGAAUAUGGUUAAGACAGCGGUGAAUGUGUGCGUGGCGGUGCUGUUCCUCAGGAUAUUUACUGCAGCUGUCGCAUACCACGAACAGUACCUUACUAAUAUUGAAUACGAUAAUGUCUACAUAACGGGACGAUUCAAGAAAAUAGAUAGAAAGCGGAAAAAGAGGAAUCAACUAACAAUUUUGCCUCUCAAAAAGGUAUAUGGUGUUUAA